AAUCAGCUGAUUUCCAGCUGUUUGGGUCAGCAGGAUUCCUGCAUCAGAGAUGCUGAGAUGAGAAACUCGCUCUGCCUGCUGAUCCAGAUGUGAAGAUGUCAGCAGCACAACCUCCAUAGCCUGAGCUGCGCUUCCCAUUGGCUGCGUGUUAACUGUUGUCAGAGAUGGUUCCAAUCCAACAUUCACACACGUUCACACGCCGAUGGAUGCGUCACAGAGCAACAUGGGGUUCAUAUCUUGGAUAUGUGGCAUGCAGACUGGAGCAGACUGGGAUCGAAUCGCCAACCCUUCGGACCAAGGAUGGCAACACCAACAGAGUUGGUGGAAGCGCUGGAGGAGCUGGGAGACAGCGAGCUCAAAGAUUUUAAGGAGAUGGAAACAAAGGAUCAGGUGGAAAGUUUAUCCAGCACUGACUUAGGACCUGAAGAUGUGAGAUGCAUGCCAGCAGCUCCGCCUCCACAACCUGAAACAUCGUACCGAGUCGCGCUGCAGUCUGAGCUCCAGAACAUCUUCAGGUGUGCUCAGGAGGCCCUCGAGAAGCAGAAUGAGGAACGUUUGUAUGACGUGACCCCAGAGCUGUUUAUUACAGAGAGACGGACCACAGACUCACAACAAGAGGUCAGACUGGCUGACCUCGAGUCAGAGAGGGCGGUUAAACCCAGUGACCUCUUCCAACUGUUUUCUAGUGAGGGCACGGCUGUGAGGACAGUGCUGACCAGUGGGAUAGCAGGAAUUGGCAAAUCAUCCCUUGUUAAGAAGUUUUUGUUGGACUGGGCUGAAAAAAGAACCAAUCAAGACUUACAUCUGAUCUUCCCCUUUGACUGUCAGCAGAUGGGUUUAUGGCAAGGAGAAACAUUUAGCCUGGCAGAGCUCAUCCAUACAUGUAUCCCAUAUUUUUCAGCCAGUGGUAUCAAAGAAGAGACUUUAAAUGACAUUUUCACAAGUUCACAGAACUCCAGAGACACAAGUGAGUUCAGACUUCUGUUUGUGUUUGAUGGACUGGAUCAAAGCCGCCUUCAGCUCGACUUCACAGGAAAAACAGAGAAGUCUACUGACGUGACAAAGUCAGCCGGAGUAGAAGUGCUUCUGACCAACCUCAUCAGGGGCAAACUGCUUCCCUCUGCUCGCCUCUGGAUAACCACACGACCUGCAGCAGCCAAUCGAAUUCCCCCUCAGUACGUUCACAGAGUGACGGAGGUCAGAGGGUUCACUGACCCUCAGAAGGAGGACUACUUCAGAAAAAGAUUCCAAGAUGCGGAGCAGGCCAACAGGAUGGUGGCCCACAUCAACACAUCCCAAGGACUACACAUCAUGUGCCACAUCCCAGUCUUCUGCUGGAUCACAGCUGCAGUUCUGGAGGAUGUGCUGAAAACCAGCGAGGGACGAGAGCUGCCCAACACCCUGACUGAGAUGUACAUCCACUUCCUGAUGGUUGAGAUUAACCACACAAAGCAGAAGCAUGUCCCAGAAAAGUGCAUUCGGUACAUUAUGUCAUUGGCUGAACUGGCUUUUCACCAGCUGCUGAGAGGAAACGCCAUCUUUACUGAGGAGGAGCUGCGCUGCAGUGGCAUUCAUGUCAGAGCAGCGUCAAAGUACGCAGGACUGUUCACAAAGAUCUUCAAGCAGGUUUGUGGACAAAGGAAGGAACAGGCCCAGAAGAAUAUCUUCAGCUUUACUCACCAAAGCAUUCAUCAGUUUCUAGCUGCAGUUUACGUGACCAUAUCACUGUUCAGCCACAACAGAAAUGUGAUGCCUGUCCCCCGACUCACCGUGCAAAGUCUGUUCACGUGUUUCAGUAAAUCAAACUCUUCUACGGCUCUGAAUAUCCAAAAAAAUGCAGUCAAGACAGCGUUAAAGAGCCCAAACGGUCACCUGGAUUUGUUUGCUCGCUUUCUCCUCGGUCUGUCACUGCAGACCAAUCAGAUUCUCCUACAAGACCUGCUGACACAAACUAGAAGUAGCUCACAUAACAAUCAAAAAGCAAUCCUGUAUGUGAAGAAGAGGAUCAGGAAGAAUCCUGGUCCAGAACAAUGCAUCCUCCUGUUCCACUGCCUGAAUGAACUGAACGAUCGUUCUCUGGUGGAGGAGAUCCAACGAUACCUGAGCUCAGGAAGUCUCUGCAAAGAUAAACUGUCUCCCACUCAGUGGUCGACACUUCUCUUCAUCUUACUGUCCUCAGAAAAAGAUCUGGAUGUGUUUGACCUGCAGAAAUACUGUGCUUCGGAGGAGGCUCUUCUGAGGCUGCUGCCAGUGAUCAGAACCUCUAGAAAACUUCUGCUGAGUGGCUGCAAGCUGUCAUGGAGAAGCUGUGAAGCUUUGUCUUCAGCUCUCAGCUGCCAGUCCUCUAGUUUGAGAGAGCUGGAUAUGAGUAACAACGAUCUUCAGGAUUCAGGAGUGACAUUACUGUCCACUGGACUGCGGAGUCCACACUGUGUACUUGAGAUUCUCAAGCUGUCAGGCUGCAUGGUCACAGAGGAAGGCUGUGCUUCUCUGGCCUCGGCUCUGAGCACCAACCCUUCACAUAUGAGAGAGCUGGACCUGAGCUACAAUCAUCCAGGUGACACGGCAGCAGAUGUGCUGUCUGCUCGACUGAAUGAUCCAAACUGGAGACUGGACACUCUCAGAUUGGACCAUGGUGGAGAGCAGAGGCUGAAACCGGGCUUAAAGAAGUAUGCCUGCGAGCUGCAGAUAGACCCAAACACAGUAAGCCGAGCCCUCAGAUUGUCCCACAACAACAUGACGGUGACAGCGUCAGACUUUCAGUUAUAUCCGAAUCAUCCAGACAGGUUCGACAGUUGGCCCCAGCUUCUGUGUGAAAAUGAACUGAGCGGUCGCUGUUACUGGGAGGUGGAGUGGAGGGGACUAGUGGAUAUAUGUGUGAGUUACAGAGGAAUCAAAAGAAAAGGCAACAGCCCUCGAAGCAGGUUUGGAGGAAAUGAUCAGUCUUGGAGUCUGAGCUGCUUUCUUGACCGCUACGCUGUCUGCCACAACAACCAAGGCAAAGAGAUGUACUUCCCUUCCUCAUCCUCAUCCUCAUCUUCUUUCUCUAAGAGAAUAGCAGUGUAUGUAGACUAUCCUGCCGGCAUUGUGUCCUUCUACAGAGUCUCCUGUGACAGUCUGAUCCACCUUCACACCUUCAACACCACCUUCACCGAGCCUUUGUAUGCAGGCUUUGGCUGUGACUCCAGGCUGGGCUUUAACCUGAUGUUUAACAUCCAGUCCUCAGUGUCUCUGUGCAAGCUGUAGGAGGAUGAGUGUAAAUGAUGAGUAUGAAUCAGUCAAGUUCGUGCACUUUAAACACAACAAAUAACACCUUAUCAUAGUAAUGCAUUUUUGUUUUUUUACUGAUUAACAAGAGUUGGAAAAACUGCCAGUUCUUCUCAGAGUAAUGCACAAUAUUGGGAAUAGAGAGUAUACAGCUGUGUUAUAAGCCCUUUGCCCAUCCUUGACCAAGGGCUUAUAACACAGCUGUAUAAAGCCAAGGAAACAUCCUAAGAACACAGGAAACAGCAAAAUCCAUUAAAAUCUGUGGAAACAAACUGAAGACUGAAUGUGGGGAAAAGGGUUUGUUUGUAUGGUAAUAAAACGUAGAGGUCCAUCACGCAUAGAAAUAAUCAUCCUGCAGUCCUCACAGCAUUGAUCACGUGUUGUUACCUCUCCUGCGAAGUACACACAAGCAUGCAAGCAGGUGUCAUGGACUUCAUAUUUUUGUGUAUUGACUGUAAAAACUGUAUUUCAGCUUCUGUUGUGUUUCAUAAUCUUCAGUAAGUAUGGAUCCAUGACUACGCUCCGCCCAGGAAACUUUCAGACCAGGUCACAACCUAUGCAUGUAUGGUUUUUUUUUUAAAUGUAGUUAUAUAUACACA